UCAAGCUUCUCGACAACAAGGAAGAACUUUUGCCAUACUUUUGAGUUAUUUUUGAUAGUCAGGGAGGGAAAUUGACUUAAAUCCUGACAAAAUGAUAAUUCAUAUUGUUAUAAAUUAAUGUGUCAACAAUGAAGGUAUCUAGAGAAAGUAUUAUACAUAACCAGUCACCAGAAUACAGAAGUGCUUUACAAGAACUCAUCAAGUUUGAGCUACAAGCAUUAGUGGAGAGAUUAUCUGCUACAGGUGAGGAGGCUCUAGUACUCACUGCUAGUUGCCAGGAUGGAACUUCUAUGCAGUUUGGUUCCCAAAAAGCUGAAGGGUUCUUGAGAAAACAGCUUAAUCUUGGUGAUAAGUUCCUUACUUUCUGUAAUGAUGAGACAACCCAGAGUUCAGCAGAUGAGCUGUGUAACUAUGGUGAUGAAGAUGCUGAGGCAGAUCAGAAAGAUGAAGAGGAGGAGGUUUUACAGAAGCAGACGUCUCCUCAGCUCCAGUACUCUCCUCACAGACAGCGGGAGAGAACAUCGUCUAAAAGAAUCUCCUUUACUGAAGAGCUUCCUAAGGAUAAUGACGAAGCUUCACAAAACUCAAACUUGUCCGAGUCUGAGAGAAACGAUAGUGCCUCGUCUGUCGCCAGUUUUGUAGAAGCUCAAGAAAAGAGUAAAAAUAACAAAAGUAACUUAAAUUGUAAAAUAUGUACACGACAUUUCCGUUCUUACAAGACUCUAAAUGUUCAUAUGAGACUGCAUAUGGCAAAAUCUUAUAAAUGUGCCGUCUGCGGUAAAAUUUUUACCUUGAAGAAAAGUUAUCAAAGGCAUAUUGAGAGUCACAAAAGACAGAACCUUGGUAAAUUAUUUGAGUGUGGAAUAUGCGAUAAGUCUUACGCUGAUUUGAAUGCCUGGAAACGCCACAGGGAAAUUCAUCUAGAAGUCAGAAAUUAUUCUUGUAACCUCUGUGGUAAAGCCUUUGUUGAAAAGUAUUCAUUGCGAGUUCACCAGACGAGUCAUUUCUACCCGGCUUUAAAAACUGACAGAAAUACAGACAUUACUUCAGGAUACUCUUGUCAUAUCUGCGGAAAGAUAUCAAAAACAAAAACCGCAAUGAAAAAGCACAUGUUGACUCAUUCUGCCAAGAAGUUUACAUGCGAGUUUUGUAACAAACGUUUCUCUGUGAAGUACAGUUACAUAAGACAUAGAAGAAUACAUACCGGAGAAAAACCUUACAAAUGUGGAUUCUGUGAGCGGUCGUUCUCUGAUAGCAGUGCCUGGGCAAAACAUGUUAGAACACAUACUGGUGGGAAACAAUACUCGUGUGAUUUGUGUUCUAAAUCAUUCUAUGACAAAACAUUUUGUAAAACUCACAUGAAGAGACAUCAAAGAUCUGGAACAUUUAAAAUGCCUCAGUCAGACAAGACAGAAAACAGAAACUUUGAAAUUGUUUCAACUAAAAUGGACGAAGAAUUUGAAAGUCCUAAACGAGAAAAUAAUAGUGCAGAUUUUCAGAAGGUUGGAACUGAUAGUGAUAUUUAUAAUGAAGAUUUGAACCUGAGGCUUGACGUCAGUGAUAAGGAGUCUGAGGACUCGAGGCUUUUAGAUUCAGGCUUUGGCAAUGAUCUUUUACCUACUCAUGAAGAAAAUAUAACUCUCAGAAGGGACAAAAGUCCUGAAAAGAAAUAUUCAUCUAUCAUUGAAAGUAUUGGUUUAGAUGAAAAAUUUCAGACAGAUUUUGUAGAGCGUAAUAUGCCAUCUAAACCUCUGGAAUCAGACAGUGAGUUGAUAUCAACAGCUUUCCCAGAUGAUGCUGACAUUCUAGAAGAAGAGAGUGAGACAGAUGCUAGACAAAGUGAUCUCUCUAAGUAUGACGUGAGUUCACCACAGAAACAAGAAGUUGGAAAUUCUCCUGCUAAGUAUACACCGUCAGAAAGUUUCAAGUCUGAACGAAGGUCGUACCAGAGAAGAAUGAAUGUUGGUAAACUUAUCCCAGAUUCUCCGGCAAAAUGUAAAAAAUGUAACAAGAAAUUUCAGCAAGAAUCAAUGUUAAAGCAGCACUUACAAUUUCACUGUAUGAUGAAGUUAUACAAGUGUCGUUACUGCGGUAAACAGCUCACAACUAAACAAAGUCUCAUCCGCCAUGAGCGUAUACAUAUCGGAGACAGACCAUAUCAAUGUCACCUGUGUCAGAAAACAUUUGCCGACAACUACGGCUGCAUUCGACAUAUUAACACACAUUUUAAUAAAGAUAGCAGAAAUUCUACAGGAAGUUCUAGCAGUGUUAAACCACUGGUAAAACAAGUGUAUGAAGAACAGCCGUACUCUAGCCAUUCUGAGCGAGUUUUAAAGUUUGAUGACACUUGCAAUGUCUCAAAGUCGUUUACUCAUAGUUCUGAGGAAAAAUAUCAGAGAAGUCAAAGAGAGGUUCAGUUAAAUCCAAUUAAAGCUUCCGGUAAUGAAACAAAUAAACCUAUAAUAGCCACUCAUGAUUCUGUUGGUAAGAACAUGUCUGACUCUCAGAAAAUUGACACAAAGGCAAGUUCAGCAAGUAGUAAUACAACACCAGUAACUAGUGAAGGAAAGAAACAUUUGUACAAGUGUUUCAGAUGUCCAGCGUUAUUCCCUAGUCAACAGCUUUGUCUCGAGCAUAUUCAGCAACAGUGUGCUAACCAGAAACCUGAAGAACCAACAAACAUUUCCCUUCCUAGAGAUGAAAAAUUGAACAAUUUAUUUCAGUGUAUGCUAUGUAUGAAGAUGUUUAACAGUAAAGAUAUAUGUCAGAAACAUAUAGUAGACUGUCAGCAAUCUAAGGUCUCAACAGACUGUGCUAUACAGUCAAUACUUCAAGAAUCUUUACUUGAUGUCGACCUGAGUGAAGGUACAGAGACGUUACUCAGCUUGCCAUUUCCUGAAGUAAAUAGUGAACCAGGCUACUUAGAUGACCAGGAUAAUCAGGAUAUUCUACUAUCUUUAAACAAUGUGACACCGUCUGCAACAGAUCAAACUCAGUCCUCUGAGAAUAUUACACAGUCUACACAGAAAGUAAGUCAGACUGGUUCUAAUGUAACCAAUACUCAAAAUAAAGCACAGUCUUCAUUGACUACUGCACAGUCUGCAAGAAAUGCUAUUCAGUGUAGUGUAUCAGCAACACAGUCUGCCAUUCAGGUAUCUCAGCCAGUGAUCAACUUGGCACAAUCUCCUCUAAAUAUAACCAAGGCAACACCAUGUCAAACUGUUACAUCUAGUACAGAAAGUGGCGUGAGUAAUUUACAGAAACAGAAUACUUUGUUAUUUAUUCCGUUGAGGCAAAUGUCUGGUUCAGGAUCUACUGGCAUUUGUUUACAAUCAUCAAACCAGUCUCCUGUCACUAUGCCAACAUCUAAUCAGCCUUUUACAGGUAUUCAACAAAAACCUGUUGUAAACUUUGGAACAAACAAGUUUGUAUUAACGAGUCACAGUAUAGGUCUUGUUGGUAACCCAGCCGUGUCUGCUGUACAGAACACAAAAUCUGGAAAAUCUAAGAAGACAAAAUCAUUGGAAUCAGACGUCAGUGAGAGGACAUGUUCGAUUUGCUCGAAAGUGUUCACUACUAAACAUAUCUUAAAACAGCACACAUUAAUACAUAUGGAGCGAAACUUUGGGUGUAAAUAUUGUAUGAAAAAAUUUCACAACAAGUACGGUAGAGAUCGACAUGAACGUAUACAUACGGGCGAGAAACCAUUCUCAUGUCCAACAUGUAAAAAAGCUUUCUCAGAUAAUAGUACUUAUAGGAAACAUACAUGGAAAUGUUGCAGCGGGAAGUGAGUGGUAUAAACAAUAUAUGAGCAGCAUCACGACAAAA